AUGGCGCAGCCCCGACCGCGACCGCCACACCAGCUGCUGCAGCACGGCCGCCUCGCCGCCGCCCUGGCGGUCGCGUUUGCCGCUCUCGCCGCCGCCCAUCACCUGCCGCCCACCAUACCUGCGUUCCUGAAAGUGUGUCAUCGCAACGAUCCUCGACUCAACGACUGCGUGAGGAAUUCGGUCGACGCUCUCAAACCGUACCUUAAAACAGGCAUCCCGGAGCUGAGCAUCCCGGCGUGCGAGCCGCUGCAGAUCCAGCAGCUGGUGAUCAACCAGGGCCGCGGGCCCGUGAGCGUGCGCUCCACCUACAGCGGCAUCCGCGUGCGCGGGCCCGCCUCCUUCAACCUCAAGAGCGUCAAGGUGGACCUGAACAAGGACCGGGCGAGGUUCAAGCUGCGCCUGCCGAGGCUCGAGAUGACCAGCGACUACAAGAUCGACGGCCGCAUCCUGCUGAUGCCCAUCACCGGCAAGGGGCACUGCGAGGGAAACUUCACUGACGUGGACGCGACCUGCACGAUGCAAGGGGAGCGGGUGGAGCGUGACGGCGCCACCUACCUGCACGUCAAGACGUUCAGCACUAGCUUCAGCAUCGGCCACGCAAAGGUCAAGCUCAACAACCUGUUCGGCGGAGACAAGGAGCUGGGUGAUGCCAUGAAUCAGUUCCUGAAUGAGAACUGGCGCAAUGUGGCGACAGAGAUCAAGCCCGUGCUCGAGGAGACCAUCAGCGACCUGUUCAAGAAAUUCUCCAACAAGAUCUUCAGCAAGUUCCCCAUGGAGCAGCUGCUGCCACCCUAGGCAACAACACAUCGUGUUCCAUACGUACUGCACAACGGAAUCAAACGUAUGUGGUCGAGCAGCGUA